CAUCAUAAAAAAUUAAAAGUACGCCCGACGCCGGGUUAUUCGGUAUUGUCGUUAGUCGUCACUAAUUAGUGAUUUGUAAUUUGUAUGUGACAUGUAUGUGGUUUUUAAAUCGAGAAGACUUCUCGUUUUCAUAGUUUUAAGUAAUUAGUCUAAAUUACUUUAACCAAGAGGUUUUAUAUUUAAGGAAAAGCUCCAGAAGUCACUGGAUACACAAAUAAGUAUGGCGUCGAGUAAACAAAGAUUAUCCAUCGCGAAACAAAAACAAGUUAACUGUAUCAAUAGACGAUGCAAAUCUGGAGAAAAUCUCACUAGAGCGUUUGAUAUGGUGUGCAGCUAUUAUCACGUAGAUUACAAAUCCUACAAAGAAGUAUGUGGGGCAUGUUUGGCUAAAUGUUUGAAACAUUUUAAAAGUCUGGAGACAAAAAUGAAAUCGGGCGAGUGUAUUAUGGACGGACAGUUUCCAAAUUAUGAUGCGUAUUGUGUCAUUGAAUCCGACGACGAAGAAGAUACAAAUAGUUCUGACCAACCUCAAGAUAUAAUUGCCGGAAUAGAUACUGCUGUGGACAUGUUUUUUGAAGAUCAUAACGAACUUAUAGAUGAUCAAAUAACCAAGUGCAAUGAUUACCUCGAUAAGUCUUUACGCAACUGUACUCUUGAAGCAAAUUUUAUAGAUAAUUUAGGUACAGAAUUACAAAAUGAAAUUACCUCUCUGAGAAAUGAACUGUAUAAACCUUAUAAGCCCGUAAUUAAACAUGUUGACCCUAUUGAUAUUUUUGAGGACAGCAAGAAAUCGGAUAAAGAUAUUAUUGCUGUAAAUAGAACUAUUUGUAGUGUGCCGGCUGAUUUACCUAAAGAAGGACCCUUAGAAUAUCCUCAGUUUAAGCAAGGGGACUUGUUGUAUGGAAUGAAAUUUACAUUAAAACAACCAUGGUUUAAAUGUAAAAUUAAAUCUGUUAUGAAUGACGGAAACGUGCACCUGUUAUUUGAUUCUGAAGAAAAAGUAUUACAAGCCAAAGAGGUUGCUUCAUUUGAAGAGUCCCCAGUACGUUUUCCAGUUGGUUGCAGAAUUAUUUCCAAGUUCACAGAAAUAGAUUCUGAUGUAGAUUAUUAUUACGCCGGAAUAAUUGCUGAACCUCCGAAUUUAAUUAACCGGUUUCGGUACAUGGUUUUUUUUGAUGAUGGUUACGUUCAAUAUCGGCAACAUAAAGACAUACGUUUGAUAAGACAUCAAACAAAUCCAGUAUGGAACGAUGUUCAUCCAGAUUCUCAAGAGUUUAUACAACAAUAUUUGAUGAAAUACCCUGAACGUAAUAUGGUUAGGCUUAAUAAAAAACAUUUUGUUCGGGCUGAAUGUGAAAAUCGAUGGGUUUUAGCAAAAGUGCUGGAAGUUGACGCUUCACUUGUUAAAUUAUGUUUUACGGACAGUAAGCGAACCGAAUGGAUAUACAGAGGCUCGUCGAGAUUGUGGAAUAUAUUUGAGCAACAGGCAAAAUCAGUAAAAGGCAUUCGUUUGAGACAAUCCGGGUUGGCAUAUUUAAACAAACCGUACGUAGAAUAUACACUUAUGGAAGAAGACACCACUAGCAGCGCAGUAAAAAAUGUAGCUCGUAAAAGUACCAGUAAGAAUUCAACUGCUCAAAAUGACAAUCAUACAUCACCUCUCAUAAAAAAUCAAGAUACCUUUAAAGUUACCACUCUUUCUUUACCUUAUGGCGUUCCUCAAACAAAACAAUUUGUCAUUCAUAACUGUGGCCAUUCUUGUAUAGAGUGGACCGCGUAUGAUUAUAAUAAAACGAAAAGAAUCAGCAUGUUAGCUACACCGCUACAUUUUGGAUUUAUAAGAUAUAUUGCACUUUUUAAUGAUGUACAAAAAUGUGUUAUGUAUAAAACUCCGUGUGGUCGUACUAUUAGAAACAUGAAGGAAAUGCAUGAUUAUCUUUUUAGUACUAAAAGUAAAAUGACUGUCGAUCAAUUUGAUUUCAAUAGUUGGGUAAAUCCCCUAAUGGAGUUCAAGGUUUUAAAAUCGAUUAAAUUCCUGCACGAUAUAUCAGACGGUAAAGAAUUCAGACCGAUUACCUGUGUGAAUAACAUCAGCCAUAGACUUCCACCAAAUAUGGAAUAUAUUACUGAGAGACGUGCAAAAGCUGGCGUCAACUUGAAUAUAGAAAACAAUUUCUUAUGUGGAUGCGACUGCACUGAUAAUUGUCAAGACAAGUCUAAAUGCGCUUGUUGGCAAAUGACAAUCGAUGGCCAGAAAAUUUUACCUAAUCUCGACAAGGACCCAAACAUGGGCUACAACUUCCGGAGAUUACCUGAACGCGUCUUGACGGGAAUUUAUGAAUGCAAUAAGACCUGCAAGUGCUCAAGUACUUGUAUAAACCGUGUAGUACAAAAUCCUCUGUCACAAAAGUUACAGCUGUUUUUAACGGAGAAGAAAGGUUGGGGUGUACGGUGCUUGAACGACAUACCCCAAGGAAGUUUCAUUUGCAUUUAUGUAGGUAAUUUACUUACUGAAACAGACGCUAAUGAGGGGGGUAAAAAUUACGGAGACGAAUAUUUGGCCGAGUUGGAUUAUAUAGAAGUAGUGGAAAAAAUUAAAGAAGAUUAUGAAAGCGAAGUUCCUCCAAGUGAUGCAGAAGAUGAAAGUAAUAAGUCUGAUAAUGAAAGUGGAGCAUCGAUUGGAAAAGUUUCAUCAGAUGAAGACUUUCAAACUACUACUGAAAAAUCAAACUCCGAAUCUAACAUUAUAUCAAGAUUGCGUAAACGAAAGGCUGUCAACAACACUACCAAUGUGAAAAAAGAUGGAAGUCAUGUGCCUUCAAAAUGGAAUGCAAAUUCCAUGAAAAAUAAUCCCUUGCCUCCAAAGUCAAUUCGUGAAUUCUAUGGUAAUAAUGAGAGCGUGUAUAUUAUGGACGCAAAGACUACGGGUAACAUUGGACGUUAUUUGAAUCAUUCAUGUAAUCCAAAUACAUUUGUACAGAACGUAUUUGUCGAUACCCACGACCUACGGUUUCCUUGGGUUGCAUUUUUUGCACUUCAUUAUAUAUCUGCUGGAUCGGAACUUACAUGGGAUUACCGUUAUGAUGUAGGUAGCGUCCCUGGAAAAGUUAUGAAAUGCCACUGUGAAUCAGUUUAUUGCAGAGGAAGGCUUCUUUAAAAUAUAUUCAUAUUUGAAAUAAUUAUUUUAUAAAUUGACUGAGUAUUUAUGGUAUUAAAAUUAGUUUUUAAGAUUUCAUUUUUUUAAGUAUAAUAACAUGUCUAUGUUGUAAUCUUGUAUUUUUAAUUUUAGAAACUUUUACACUUAUAAUUAUUAACAUUCACAAUUACAAAAAUUUAGAGAAAAAAAAACCCCCAAAAAUAUAAAACAAAUAUUUAAUUAUUUGACGUAUUGUUUCUCUGGAAUUGUUUAA